UGCAAAGACCUCGAGAAGACUUGACAUUCUCAAAUGCAUCUGCUUCUCCCCAAAUAAAAUAAAUAUCCUUACAUUUCAUCUUGCAAGUGCUUCCUGCAUCGUCGUCCGACCAAGGCGGCUGCAAAGGAGGAGGAGGAGCAGAUGGAGGCAUGCGAGAUCGCCCGCCUGCUGGAGGAGCUCCUGUCGGCAGCCUUAUCCCGCACGUCGCCGCGCGACGCCUGCCGUGCCGCGGCUGUCUCCGCGGCCUUCGGGACGGCGGCCGACUCCGACGCCGUCUGGGCCUGCUUCCUGCCCAGCGGUCGUGACCUCCCGCUGCUCGCUGACGGAGAGCAGCUGCCAUGCAGGAAGAAGGACCUGUUCCUCCGCCUCUCCGGCAGCCCGGUCCUCCUCCCAGGCGGACUCCUGAGCAUGUGGCUGGACAGAGAGACCGGCGCCGGGUGCUACAUGGUGCCGGCGAGGGAGCUGUCCAUCGGAUGGGGCGCUCUCGCCGACUCGAGGUCUUCCGAGAGUGCUGAACUCAUACUAGUUUGCUGGCUGUAUAUCCGCGGCAAGAUAGAUAGCAAGAUGCUCUCCCAAGGCUCAAUAUACUCAGUGUACAUGGUGUACAAGUUUGCCAAUUAUUUGUAUGGAUUGUCCGACGGUUACUACGGGCUAGAAUUGCCGGUCCAGAAGGCAUCAGUGAGCGUCGGAGACAACCACCAAAUCCGCAAGGUCUGCAUCCAUCCUAACCAGCAAAGAAGCAUGAGACGGAACUGUCAUGCAACGCUUCCUCACAAAAGAGCUGAUGGUUGGAUGGAGCUGGAGCUGGGCGAGUUUGUUUGCGAGGGGCAUGAAGAUGGGGACGUGUCGUUCGGUCUAUCAGAGAUGAAAGAUUUGAGUAGGAAGAACGGUCUUAUCGUGCAGGGUAUUGAGAUUAGGCAUAAGAUUUGAGGAGGCAUCCAUGCCCGAAUCCGAGCCAGUCCUGGUAGACAGGGAGAUAGACAACCUAGUGGCUGGCGAUGACCUACAUCGAGUGAUGGGUGUAGUUUUUGCGCUCAUCACACCGUUGGUUAAAUCAGAAAAUCCCAUAAUUAUUUAGAAAUUCA